CCGUAUCCCACUCCAGCCCAAGAAAAAAAUGUCUCCCAAGGCCAUCACAAACAUCGACAUCAAGGGCAAGCUGCCCAAAGUAGCGUCGGGAAAAGUGCGCGAUCUGUAUGCCAUUGACGAUGAAACACUACUUUUCGUCGCCAGCGACCGCAUCUCAGCCUACGACGUGAUCAUGGAGAACGGCAUCCCCGGCAAAGGCGCCCUGCUAACCGCAAUGUCCAUCUACUGGUUCGACUACCUGCCCACAAAGGUAGCAGGGCUGCAGACGCAUUUUCUGAGCAGCGCCCUGCCGCCAGCGAUUGCAGACCAGACCGAGCUGCAGGACCGCAGCAUGCAGGUGCAGAAGCUGCGCAUUCUGCCGAUUGAAUCGAUUGUGCGUGGGUACAUCACGGGAUCGGGAUGGGCCGAGUAUACCAAGGCCGGGACGGUCAAUGGUAUCAAGAUGCCCGAGGGUCUGGUUGAAGGGCAGAAGCUGCCGCAGCCGCUGUGGACGCCGAGCACCAAGGCGGAAGUCGGGGGCAAGGAUGAGAAUAUCAGUCCUGAGAAGGCGAGGGCCUUGAUUGGCGAUGCGGGGAUUGCAAGCAAAGUCGAGGAGCUCUCGCUGGCCAUCUACACGGCGGCAGCGGCUCGCGCAGAGGAAGUGGGGAUUAUUCUUGCCGACACAAAGUUUGAGUUUGGCGUCGAUGCAAAGGGCGACGUGGUGCUCGUGGAUGAGGUCCUGACGCCUGAUAGCUCGAGGUUCUGGCCAAAGGACACUUGGGAGCAGAAUCUGGGAAAGGCGCAGCCGAGCUUCGACAAGCAGUUUCUGAGGGAUUGGCUGACGAGCAGCGGACUCAAGGGCAAGGAGGGCGUCGAGGUGCCGGCUGAUAUAGUCGAGAGGACGGCGGCAAAGUAUCGGGAAGCAUGUGAGAAGCUUACGGGCAAGGCAUAGACAAGCCGGGCACAAAAAAACUGAGUGACUAAUGAUACCUGAUCACCGCGAUACUCGAUUCGCAAGAUAGCAAACAUU